AUGAUAUAUUGCAUUGUGGGUGUCAAUAUAAGUGACGGCCAUAUUUGCCGGUGCUGCUACCGCUGUAAACAACCCAAAGUGUCUGGGAGACACAGAGACGCUCCACUGAAUGUCAGGACAUUUUUAUUUCUUGCAUUUGCCAUGUCUCUAGGAAUGUCUUACAAGCCCAACUUGAACGCCCACCUCCCCGGGACUUCCAUCAACCAGGCUGGAAGUGUUCACUCUCCCUCCACAAGUAUGGCAACCUCUGCACAAUACAGACAGCUUAUAAAUGAUUAUGGACCCCCGUCUCUAGGCUAUACACAAGGGAUGCAGGGUACCAGCAGCAGUCAAGUACCACAAAGCAAAUAUGCAGAACUUCUAGCUAUCAUAGAAGAAUUAGGAAAAGAAAUUAGACCUACAUAUGCUGGAAGUAAAAGUGCCAUGGAGAGGCUAAAACGAGGCAUCAUUCAUGCUAGAGGAUUAGUUCGGGAAUGCUUGGCUGAGACUGAACGGAAUGCAAGAUCCUAGCCUACUAAUUAAGUUACAAGACUUUCCAUCUCUUUAUGAAGAAAAAUGUAAUACUUAUUCCUUUUGAAACAUGCAGAUGAAUCUUUUUAUUUUGAAUGUUUUACCCCUUUUUUUUGCCCUUAUGAAAAUGUACAGUUAAAAAUGAGAAGAUUUUUCAAUUUACUGAGGGUUUGCAUUUUUUUUAGAUGUUAAACUCCCCAAAUUCUUUCUAAAAGGUUAAGACUAAAACUGCAUGCAGAGGAAUGUUUUCUCUCCCACAGACUAUACUUAAGUUCCUUUCUUAUCCAGCCACAGUCUCUUUUUUUUUUUUAUUUCUUUGACUAUAUUCACUUAACCCCACAUGGUCAAUCUUUCAACCUUUGACAUAAGCUCUAAGGAUUUUUUUUUUAAAUAACUGCACUGGUAGCAUGUUUUACCUAGUAGUCGGCUAUUCUUACAGUUUGCCACACAGCAUAGAUCCCGCUUAGAAAUAACCCUUUUUUUGCAUAAGCAUUUGCAUGAUUGUUAGUGCUUUGGAGUCCAUUUAAAGUGCAUGAGUUAUAAAUACAGAAGAUAGAGCAACCUAACAAACAAUAACAAGGUCCCAGAAAACUAAUUUUCACCCUAAGGCUGAAGAUUUCAAUUGUAAGUUUGCCAAAAAAAACAAAAUUCUGGAUAAAUUACUAAAACUGUUAUUUGCAUCUUUGUAUGUAUUUAUUACUUGCUGUAAUAAAGCUUAUUUUCAU